AAUGUAUCGCGGUAUCUUAUCAAAGAGAUGAAAUUAUGGUAAAUAGUAAGCAAUUCGGCCGGCUAAUGCAGUGUGUGGCUGUUUUAUUUCGCGUGUUAUCGAUCACAAAGGAGUGCAUUUCAAACAAGCUUAUCAAAGUGUUUUACGAAGCGGAUGCAAUAACAAAUUAUGGUCGACGAAUAAAUAUAUAGUUGUUUAAAGUUUUAAGCAUGGCAAAGUUCCUUAAAUCUAUUUUUAACCCGGUUGAAAAGAAGAAGGCGCCGCGACACGAUGGCGGGACGGAAGAUGACAAAGUUGAAGAGCCUCCCAUGGACGGGAGGAGGAAACUGUCCAUAUCCCGCUCUGGACGGAUGAAACAAGCCAAUAGGAAACGGCAUUCACUGUCUUUGGAUCUGUAUGGGGAGAACGGCCAAAAUACAUGUUCAACGGAAAAGCCGAAAGUAAUCCAAGACAAUGGCCCAACUAGUGCGCCAGCUGACAUUGAAGGCGACAGACAAAACCGGAGACGAAGCGCCGAUGAUUACAAUGAACCAAAAGUUAUUCACAGCAAGACUGUAGAUGUAGUCGCUAACUCCGGAAGCCAAAGUAAACACAGAAGGCUUAGCGUCGAGCCCAAGUCGCCUGAAGAAGAAAUCGACAGUGCUUUUGAGAUAAUAGAUAAAUCGUAGCUUGGCAAGAUCAUAAUCUUAGGAAUUGUAUUCUUAGCUGAGGUAUCGAAAAGUUUAGGUUAUAAUGCGGAUUUGCAACUAUACUUACAUUUCAACAAAUGGUAGGUACUUAUCACUAGUAUAGUAGUAUUUCGCGAAAUUUCGUGCAGUUACGAACAAAUCGUGAUUCUCGUAACUUGGACGUAAUUUGAUUUAUUUUCGGUUUCAUAAAGGAUUUGAUGGCGCUUAUCCUAGCAAAACGGCGCGCUAAACAUUUUUAGGAAGCAAUAUAUUCGAAAUUUACAAUUCAUAAUUAGAAAAAAAAUUAAACAUCAUAUUUCUGCUAUUUAUGAUAACAUAUUUAUUAUGUUUACUUUACUUGUUAAAUGUCUUUUUAUAUUAUUGUUAUUGUUUCGUUAAUUUCAUGAUGAAAAUCUUACUAAAACUGUUGAUUAUGUACGUCUAUCUCCUAUAUAAUUUUAAUUUGUAAUGAAUACUAUUAUUUACUUACACAAUUUAAUAAGGAAAACUUUCGUAGUUUAAAUCUUACAAAAAAACGUAAAAGUGUUUUUUACGGAGACUAUUCGUAAAUCUUUGUUUAUUCCGGCCCGUAACUCUGUGUCGUUAAAUGUGGCAAUAAUUGUUUAAGGCCAUUUGCUUAGGGAGACGCCUUAAUAUGUUGAUAAGAAUCAGUGAUUAGAUUUACUUUAAUAAGGCUCGUUUUUAAUUUAAUUUAUUUGCUCAAUUUUGCCCAAGGAUAUUUUUGAUACUUAGAUGUUAUCAUUUAUCAUUUUAUUGAUAACAAUCUGUUGGAAAAAUUAAAAAUAAGAUAACAGGAUUACUCGGUUUGACUAUUAAAAUUGUUUUUUUAACAUUAAUUUUAGACUACCUACCUAUACAUAAUUUAGUAUAACGCUCGGUGUGUGGUUGGCUAGGAAAAACUCGCAGGUUCGAUAUUCGUAAUAGGCCGAGUUAAUUCUCACGGAUUCCGAUUUCGUAGGGAUGAGAAGCAGAAUUUUUGUGUGGAUUGUAUAUGCUUAUGUAAAAUUGUAAUUUAGAAUUUUAUUUUGUGCAUGGAAUAAGAUACUAUUUUACUUUAAGUUAAUUUCAUUUAUUUUGUUAAUUUUUAAUUUCUAAAUUAAUUUACCUUUAUAAUGACUGUGUUGUACUUUUUAUUUUAUUACAUUAAAGACUGACUUCAAGUUUUU